GGACCGGCCAAUACCGACAGAUUCCGUACGGCACUGAGCCCGGCUUGGCGGAGCCCAGGAGACCUCUGGGAGUGCUAGCCAGCCCAAGGAGUGCGCAGGCGCAGACUUUCUGGCUCGCCAUAGUCGUCUUUGUCUGCGGGCCAGGUUCCUUGUGCAUCCACGAGAACUGCACUUGCCUUGUCCUUCAAAACCUCCCAAGAGUCCUAUGGCCUCAACCUGAAUUAUGGGAUGCUGCUUUGACCCUCAACAGUAACGUCCAAGUCCUGUGUCACUGUUUAGAAGUUUAAGGCACCAGUUUAACAAGAAGAUCAAUGGAUGACUGAGAGAGAAAUGUAAAGGAGGUGCUAUCUAGAAAAGGCCUGGGAAAUUUAUAAAUAGAUAAAGACACAACAUGGAAGACAUGUGAGUUAAUAAGUCUCCUUCUCCAUGAAAAUACAGCUAAGAAAAAACUCAGAAAACCUGGGUAACAGAGAAGUAUUUCCUCUGAACACAGACAUUGAUUAAGACUAUAUUUCUAUGUAUGGGACUCAGUUUAAGAGAAUUUAGAACAUAAUUUAUACUUAAAUAUAAGAGAAGCUAAGAAAGAAGCAUUAAGAAUACAAUGAUGUCCUAUAUUUCAUCCCAAUCUGUAAUUGUCUAAUCUCAGUAUAAGCAAUGUAAAGUCUUUCAUCAUUAAUUCAACUUCAUUAGAUACCUGAGGAUUAAUAUUGAAGAGAAGCCAUAUGAAUUUCAUGAAUGUGGAAAAGCUUUUAUCUAUGUCACGUGUCAAGAGAUACUGAGGAAUUCUUGUUGGAAAAAAUAUCUGUGCAUGGUAAGAAUGUUGGAAAGCCUUCAGCCUGAAGCAGAUCUCCUUCAGCAUGACCAGAUUCAUAGUAGAGAGAAACCUCAUGAAUGCAGUGAAUGUGGAAAAACCUUUAGCCUGAAGCAAAACCUCAUAGAGCAUAAGAAAAUGCAUACUGGAGAAAAAUCACAUGAAUGUACUGAAUGUGGUAAAGUAUUCUCUCGAGUCUCAUCCCUUACUCUACAUUUGAGAAGUCAUACAGGAAAGAAACCAUAUAAAUGUAAUAAAUGUGGAAAAGCCUUCAGCCAGAAAAGAAACUUCCUUUCUCAUCAGAAACAUCAUACCGGAGAGAAACUUUAUGAAUGUGGGAAAGCUUCUAUUCAGAUGCCAGGCCUCAUUAAACACCAGAGAAAUAAUACUGGAAACAAACCCUAUGCAUGUAAGGAAUGUGGAAAGGCCUUCAAUGGCAAAUCAUAUCUCACGGAGCAUGAGAAAAUUCAUACGGGAGAGAAACCAUUUGAAUGUAAUCAAUGUGGAAGAGCCUUCAGCCAGAAGCAAUACCUCAUUAAACAUCAGAAUAUCCACAGUGGAAAGAAACCCUUUAAAUGUAAUGAAUGUGGAAAAGCCUUUAGCCAGAAGGAAAAUCUCAUUAUCCAUCAAAGAAUACAUACUGGAGAGAAACCUUAUGAAUGCAAAGGAUGUGGGAAAGCUUUCAUUCAGAAGUCAAGCCUCAUUAGACACCAGAGAAGUCAUACAGGAGAGAAACCCUAUAUAUGUAAAGAAUGUGGGAAAGCCUUCAGUGGCAAAUCAAAUCUCACUGAGCAUGAGAAAAUUCAUAUUGGAGAAAAACCCUAUAAAUGUAAUGAAUGUGGAACAAUCUUUAGGCAGAAGCAAUACCUCAUUAAACAUCACAAUAUUCAUACAGGAGAGAAACCCUAUGAAUGUAAUAAAUGUGGAAAAGCCUUCUCUCGAAUCACAUCACUCAUUGUACAUGUGAGAAUUCAUACGGGUGAUAAACCUUAUGAAUGUAAAAUAUGUGGGAAGGCCUUCUGUCAAAGCUCAUCUCUUACUGUUCAUAUGAGAAGCCAUACAGGUGAGAAGCCCUAUGGUUGUAAUGAAUGUGGGAAAGCCUUCUCUCAGUUCUCAACUCUUGCUCUACACAUGAGAAUCCAUACUGGAGAAAAACCUUAUCAGUGUAGUGAAUGUGGGAAAGCUUUUAGCCAGAAGUCACAUCAUAUUAGACACCAGAGAAUUCAUACUCACUAAAGCUCUAUGAAUGCCUUGAAUUUAGGAAAACUUUCAUCAGAACUCACACUUUAAUGGUAUACUGAAAAUUCAUUUUAUAAUAGUGACAUGAAUGUGGAAAAUACUUCAACAACUCAAAACUUAAAUACUAACAAUUUUAAUAAGUAUCAUAGUAUCAUGAAAACCUAUACGCCCAGAACUCCCACAACAAACAUUGUUAAUGAUAUACUUUUAGGAGCAAUCUCAUUGACAUAAGGAUCCAGUCAUGAACAUUAAUCAGCAUGGUUCUGGAAGGCCUACCUGAUGCAUUAAGAGGUAUAAAGAUUUGACAUUAAGAGACAAAAUUGUCAUUUAAAAAAUGUUUUGCUAUACAUGUAAUCAAAAUUAUUUGUUCUUGAUUCAUUUGUAGAAAUCAGAUUGGGACAGAAUAUUGUAUUCAGAAACAUGCAUGCCUUUAUGGGGAAUUGUUAAUUGAUAGAGGUGGUAUCACAGGUUGGUAGAGAAAUUAAAUCAUGGAUGAUUCAAAAAAUGGUCUCAGGGUAACUGACUCUUCAUGUGGAAAAAUAUUAGAUCUCUGCUGUAGUAAUACAUUAAAGUAUUUAUUAUGAAAUCCAAAAGUAUUGAAGACUAGAAUGCAAAAAACAAAAUUUAGUAAUACAAGAAUUUUAUAGGAGAGUGUUUUUAAAACCUUGGGGUAGGAGGGAAUUUCUAAAAUAGAUUCCAGGAUACUCACUCCUGAGUAUACAUGCAUAUCCCCAAGAAACAUACAUGUACCUAGGGAGUCAUGUAUCUUUAUGUUCAUUGAAGCAUGAAUUACAUUAGCAAUGGCUGUUGCUUGUGAAAUGGAUAAUAAAAUGUGAUAUAGGCACACAGUAGAAUAUUCUCUAGUAGUUAAGUAUAACAGGUGAUAUAUAUAUAUAUAUAUAUAUAUAAAUAUAUUAACAGAGAAAGACCCAAAAAGUCAUGUAGAGUAAAAACAAUGAAGGGAUAAAUAUAAUCAUAACUGUGGAUAUUAAAUCAACACUAACAAACACUAGUAUUAAGCAUUGAUUAUGGAUAAACAUUUUUAUGUAAAACUGAAGAAUGGAUUGGAAAGAUACACACUCAAUUCCCAAAGGUGGUUGCCUCUAGAAAGAAUGGUAGUGGAAAAGAAAUGGGACCAAGCAUGGUAGUUAAGGAUACUUCAGUUUUGUAUCUAAACACCUAUCAUUAAAAAGAAAUAAAGAUUCCAAGUAAAUAUAACAAAAUGUUAGUUACCUCUGGGUUGUGGUAAUAUAUGUGUUCUAUUGUUUGUGCUAUUUCUGAAAAUAAAAAAAAAUAAAGAUAGGAGUAGGAAAGCUGUACAUGGAGUACAGGUAAUAACAGACUCACAAUCCCAGAUAACUAAUAUUUUAUAGGAAAUAUUUCUAAAAUCUUAUCUUUACUAUAAGUCAUUUUUUAAAAUUGGGAUGGUAGCGGGGCGCCUGGGUAGCUCAGUUGGUUAAGCGACUGCCUUCGGCUCAGGUCAUGAUCCCGGAGUCCUGGGAUCGAGUCCCGCAUUGGGCUCCUGGCUCGGCGGGGAGCCUGCUUCUCCCUCUGACCCUAUCCCCUCUCAUGCUGUUUCUCGCCCUCUCUCUCAAAUAAAUAAAUAAAUAAAAUCUUAAAAAAAAAUUAUAAAAAAAAUAAAUAAAUAAAAUAAAAUAAAAUAAAAUUGGGAUGGUAGCUUAAUUUAAAUUUACUCUUGCAUGUGACAUCACUAAUCUGUGUGAUCUCUACUUAGAAGUUAUAGCAUUUGAUUGUGCAACAGGUUGGUAUUACAUACAUUUAAGGAUCAUACCAUACCAUUUAAUAAUACAUGCACAGACUUGAUAUUUAGAAUUGGUUUUUACCGGAACAUUUAUCAGAAACUUUAAAAGUCCACAUAGGCAGUAUUGGCAUUAAGGAUUUGGUAUUUUAAAAUGAGGAAACCAAGUUACCCUUAAUUUUUAAAUAUGCCACUGAGUAAAAUGUCAACUCUUGCAUUUCACCUUCAAUUUUAACCUCAUUUUUUUCUCUAUUCUGCCAGAUAUACUCAACCAAUACCCCCUGUUUGUUUCUUUGGGGAAAAUGGUGCUAAAAAGGAGAUCUGAGACGUAAACAAUAUUCUUUUAUUUGAAGCAAAUCUUUUUGAGGAUUUUUGUUUACUCGGUCCCUUUCCACAACAACUUGACAUAUAAAAAGUUGUUAGUGCUCUUUUUGAAUAGUGAUAAAAAUGGGUAUCCAACAUUUAAACCUUAGGCAUAUUUCAAAUAUAUCAAUUUCUUGUAAAUUCAAAAUAAUGAAAUGCUAAUAGAACCAUACUACUAUACUGCUUGUUAAUGGUUUUGAAGGUUAGUCUUGAGAUAACAUUAUAAAUGUCAGGGAUUGAUUUCCUGGGGUAAUAUACCCAAAUAACAUGUGUAUCUACAUGAAUCUAAAUUAUCCUCUAUUUUCUUCCAUUCCUCAUUAAGCAUUCCCCUCACAUUUCUUAAGUGUUUUGCUUGCCUUUGAGCUUGUGCAGCUUUGAAGUCACCAGAACAACUAAGAACUCUCAAUUCAGACCAAACUAGGAGGAUUACCUUUUGGUGCCUGUAGUUGGUUAGUGCCAAGGUGCAACAACAAUAAAUAGGAUAUCACAUAGAGUAAGAUGAAUAAUAUCUGAGUACUAUCACAGUAUUUUGACAUUUCACUAUAAAUAGUGUCAAAUUUACUGACAUCCCCCUAUUGAUUCGACUUUUUGCUAGUUAUUUGCCACCACAAACAAUACUACAGUAAACACUCUUAAAAUAAGACCUUAAAUUUCAGAUGUUUUUAUUUCUAGGGGAUAGGUUACAGGCAAGAGAGUGUUAGAUCAAAGGACGUAUGCUAUUAUUUUAUUUUGGAGGUGCUAUUAGUCAUUUUCAAAAACACAACUUUCCUCUAACCCUGCAACAGAUGGUAACGUACUACUCAAAUUCAUAUUUGUCUGAUGAGUGUAACCACUUGCUCCUAGCUUCUUUGUAAAUUUUCACAUUGUUAGCUCAUUUUGAAGUCCUCUUUAUGUAUUAGACAUUAGGAAUUUGUCUAAUUUUUGUCAUAAAAAUGAUUUUUUCCAUAAAAAUACCCUAAAUUUCUGUGUAACUAGAUAUGUAUUAAUUUUUUCUAAGCUUAUGGAUUGAUUAAGAAGAUACUUUAGAUUGUAGAUUUCUUAGGUUUUCUUGCAAGUUAAUGUUUGCAUUUUUCAAUAUGUAAAUAUUAGUCCAUUUAGAACUUAAUUUUUAAUGUCAUAUGAAAUGAGGAUUCCUUGUUAUUUUCUUCCAGAUGGGUUUCCAGUUAUACAAGCACAAUUUGUUAAAAUAACCCAUCUAUUCAGCAGCCAGUCACACAGUUCUGACACCAACUUGUGGUGUCCCCCAGCAGCAAUCACAGAUUUGAACGAGUAAUCAAAAAAAAACAGAACAGGCUUUAACAAAGUUUAUUAUUAGCCUUCCCUGACACACACACAAAAACCAAACUACAACAAAACAAAACAAACAAACGAAAACAAAAUCGCCUUCACAAUACUACAACUGCCCAAGCAAGCACGGCUUUCAGGGCCUCUGCCCUGCUCAGGGGAGAGGUCAGAAUGGGUGUGGUUCACCUAAGCACUGGGAAACAUUAACAUUCUCAUCCAGGACGUCUUAUGAUAACCCACUACUGCAACUGCAUGGUGUGCCCCCAUCCAUGCAGCACACCCAGUUGUAACACUGAUACCCACUUAAGCACAGGGAAGCUGCUGCCUUGGUUUCCCAAGACUUAUGAUGCCUUAGUCACAUAGGCUAUCGAUGUCUACAUGCCAAGUCACAGUGCCCCCUAUCCCCAUCCAGGUACAGGAUACACAUGAAGAAUCUACAGUAGUAUUUUCAUCAAGGAAACUGGCAGAAAAUCAAAUCUAAGGUCAUCUUUCCAGACAAGGGUCAGGGGGAGAGGCCUAUUCUUAAUUCUUUACCAAUACCAUCCUUUCCUAUUCAACUGAAACUCAGAUAUGUAAUCCUUUAACCACAUGAUUUUUUCCUCAUUCAACUGAAACUGCCUUGUACUUUCAUUUAUACCAAGACCUAUUUUCUGUAUUCUCUUGUUUCACUAAUCUAUUUUUCUACUUCUAUACUAAUACCAUAUUAAUUGAUAAAUUGAUUUAACAUUAGCCGUAUUGUAUUUUGAUACUGCAUAAUAGACCAGCUCCUCCUUGCUGUUUUUCAUAGUUUUAUUGGUUAUUCUAAGUUAAUUUUCUUCCUAUAUAAAUGAAGACUGUGUUCUCAAAAUACAAAGACCCUUUGAUAGUCUAGUUGGAACUGCAUUAAAUUUAUAUAUUUAUUUUGGGAGAAAUGACAUUUUUUAUUUUAAGUCUUUCUGACCCAAAUCAUAGUGUGCCUUUGCAUUUGUUCAAACUAUAAUCAUGUCUUUCAGCAUGAGGGUCCUAAACAAAGUAAUUUGAAUGCCAUCCCUGCUUAAUAUAUAUUUUGAAAAGUUUGUUCAGUGAAUGAGGAGAAUCCCUAUUAUGAACUAAACGUUUGUAGCCCACUCAGAAUUCAUACUUUGAAGCCCUGAUCCCUAGUGUGAUGGUAUUUGGAGAUGGGGCUAUAAGGAAGUAAUUAGGUUUAGAUUAGGUCAUGAGGGUGGGACACUCAUGACGGGAACAGUACCCAUAUAUAGAAGUGGAAGAGAGAGACUGUAAGAAGGGAUUUCUUUCCAUGUGUAUACACUGAGGAAAGGUCAUGUGAGUAUAGCACAGUGAGAAAGCAGUUGUCUACACCAGGAAUUGGACCUUCACCAGGAUUUGCCAGCACUUUGAUGUUGGAAUUUCCCAGCCUCUAGAACUGUAAGAAAUAAAUGUCUGUUAUUUAAA